GGGCUCGAGUUGCAGAGAGUGCACAGCCUGCUGUCUGGAGCCAUACGGUUUUGUUUCUUCUCUCCACAAAGAUGCACUCUGUUUAAACGGUGUGGCCGGAUGUUCUGGGUUUCUUUAAGAGGGGAAACAUAUUUCAUAAAAGGCCCAAUGUUCAUGGUCUCCUUUGGUGCACGCUUGAGCUUUGGAAACCCUGAGUUGUGACCAGUUUUCAGCCUUCAAAACGAGAUGAACCGUCCUUGAGAGGGAGUAGUCAGGAGGAAGCAUGCUCACUCUCUCUCUCCUGAGCCGGGGACACGGGAAGUUGGUCCAGAACACACAGAAGCUGGAAGUCUAUUUUGAACCAGAGGACUACUUGAACUGGAAGUCCCCGGAAGACUAUGUCCUGGUCAGCAAACCCCAGAAUGGGGACAGUGGUAGCCAGCACUCCUGGAGCCUCUUUCUUCCUAAGACCUUCAGCACCAGAAAGGGGGCCCUGAUCCUGUACUCAGAGGGGCUAGCUGUGUCAGCAUGGACACCCAAAGAGAGGCGAAGAGGUCACAGGAAGAAGCCAGACCUUGAAUUGCACACGCUUCAAGACCUCAAAGAAGCCAUCUUGGCAUAUGGAAGGAGACAGAGAGAGCAGGACAGAGCCUGGCAACCUUACCUCUACUUCCGAAGCAAGCCAGAGAGUCAGAGCCAACGGCAGAUCCAGCCUGGGUACUCCGCCAAGAGAUACCUCCGAGGCCUUUUGCGAACAUGGCCCCCUAAUACAAUGUAUAGGCUCCAGUGUGCAGGACACAUCAAGGACACUGUGCUGCUCCAGGACAGUCAGCUUGGGAUACCCAAGAAUCUCAGGCCACAGCAGGAUCUUUCAGGUGUUCCCCCAAAAUACCAUGUCCUGCCUGUCUUCCCUUCAUUUUGGAUUCAACAGAGACCAUCUUAUGAACAAGAUCAACAGGGCCUGGAUGAAGGAGAAGCCGGGACUGAUGUAUGUGUGGACCAGGGCCCUGCCGCCCAGCACCACAGCAGUCAGUGGACUCACCUGACGCCACGCAGGAAGCAGCCAAGGCAGGAAGAUGAAAGCCGGGCCGAGGACACAUCGACAGGGAAUCACCUCAGUGUGCACGCUUCAGAGCAAAGUCACAAUGAAAAGAUACGGCAAGCCUCCAGGAAGGCCCUUGGGCGUGCCCACAUCGGUCCCCCUCAGCUUCCUGGUGACAAAACCCUCAUCACGUUCUACAGCAGUGCCUUCCCAGAUACGCAAGGGAGUGUAAAACCCUACAAGUCCAGAGGCCACUGCUUGUCAAGGGAGCCUCCUGCUGAAGGGUGCCUUUUCCCUCCUAUAGUGGCUGCCAGCAGCUCAGAACCAAGAACCCUUGGGGAAACAACGAAAAAGAAGGCACCAAAGGCUCUGAAGUUACCUCCUAUUUCAGAAGAACCACCCAGAGUCUUCAACCCCCUGAGGGGCCGGUUUAAAGCCAAUGAACCCCCAAUGGAGCUCUUCAUUAUCCCAAUGGAGAUUCAUUUCCAUGCCCCACAGCCCCCCAAAGAAAAGGCCUGCAGAAGUGGUGCUCAGCACCCAGAAUCAGAUCCAGAACCAGAAGAAGCCAUGCCUUUAUGGCGACCUUCCCUGAAGCGUCCAUACUUACAAAGGACAAGGGGGAUAAUGGUGCAUCUCCCGGUGGCCAGUGGCCAGGACACACCCUCACCUCAAGGAGAUGGUGAUAUCCUGGCCCAAAGAGAGGACCAAUCAGUGGGUCCCCCACCCCAGAUUAAAGGAAGGAAAAGUCCAGAGGUCCAGAAGGCCAUGGACAGCACCAGGACAUCGGGCUUCAACAGUCCCGCAGAUGGCCCAAAUGAGAAGACACUGCCAGUAAGACCAGCAAACACUGACUCCAGAACCAAUCUUCAUGGAAAUCUUUGUGAAACCUCCUCACCUUUGACUCAAGCAACAGAGAAUCAGGGAGCCCCGCAGUCCUUGGAGGCAGCAGCUCAGAAGAUGGGAGAGCCUCAAAGUUGUAUAAAUAAAGGGCUGAUAUGUUCAAACGAAAAAGAAUUUUACACACGCAAGCUGCACAUCGACAUGACGCCGUUCCUGAAGGAACGUGAAGCUGACUCUCAUGAAGAACCAGGAGGACCCCACAGAGGGAAUGACGAAGACGGCCAAGACCCAGAGCCCAGGAGCGUGACCCUUGACUCCCUCAGUCCUGUGGCUGAACACACCCAGACCUCUGAGGCAGACACCUUGAAAAGCGGGGACAGAGAUCACAGUGUGUACCACCUGCACACAGGACUGCCAGAACAUGAGCCUUCAUCCCCAGAGAAGACUGCAUCUCUUCUUUCAAACAAAAAGAAUAAGAAAACGGAGCCACAAUUAUCCAAGCAGCGGACCUCAGCUCCCAUCAGUCAUGGAAGGAACUUGGUUGACAAGGCUAACAGGAAGAAAAGAACCAAAACAGACAAGGCCAGAGCACCCAAAACAGAGAGAGAAGGAAGGGUCCUGAGGCAGGCAGAGGCUGUUGGAGGAAAGUUAAAGGACUCAAAAGCUGAAAAGAAACCGGAGCUCGUCCCGAAAGAAAAGAAACCAGGAACCAAAGAGAAAAGGGCGCACAAAGAGAGGAACGUGGAGAUGGCCGCAGAGCUGAGUGAGCCCAGCGUCACUAACUCCAAGGAAGCAGGUGGCACCUCAGACAGAGGGCUCCUCCGCUCACACUGUGCCACUGAGGACCCUUGGCUUUCUCAUGACUAUGAUGCUCUGGAGAGCCAGGUGUCCAUAGACGGGAGAGCAUCACCCACACAGGCCACAGGUGUCACUAGCAACACAGGUUCUGAGGAAGAGAGACAUCCUGAAGACCCUUCCAAGGCCCUCCUGGAUAAGAGACAGCGGGAGAAGGCUUCCCGGGAGAGAAUUCGUUUAGAGAGGGCAGAGAUGAGGCGGCUGGAGGUGGAGCGGAAGAGAAGGGAGCAGGAGGAGUUGACCCGGCUCCAUAAGGAGCAGCUGGAGAGAGCAGAGAAGAUGAAGGAGGAGCUAGAACUGGAGCAGCAGAUGCGCGCUGAGGAGAUCCGCCUGAGGAAGCAGAGGCUGGAGGAGGAACGGCAGCGGCAGGAGGAAGUGGAGAGGAAGCGGAGACUCCAGCUGCAGGCUGCCCAGGAGAGAGCCUGGCAGCAGCAGGAGCAGCUCCGGAGGAGACUGCAGGAACUGCAGAGAAAGCGGCAGCAGGAGGAGGUGGAGAGGGCCGAGAAGCAACGGCAGAAGGAACUGGAAAUGCAGUUAGCAGAAGAACAGAAACGCCUGAUGGAAAUGGCAGAAGAAGAACGGCUGGAGUACCAGCGGCAGAAAGAAGAAGCAGAGGAGAAGGCCAGGCGGGAGGCUGAGGAGAGGAGGCAACAGGAAGAGGAAGCAGCAAGGCUGGCUCUGGAGGAAGCUGCAGAACUUGUACAGGAACAAACCAGGCAAAAAGCUGCUUUGGAAAAACAUCUUCACUUUCAUCAAGAACUCUUAAAGGAAGCCAGUGGUCUGCAGUGGACACAGAACAUUUCCAGACCAUGGGUCUACUCAUAUUUCCAGUUCCUACAAAUCCCCAAGCCAUAAGGCUAAAAGAAAAUAAAAAAAGAUGCUGAAAUCAAGCACCAGAUAAGAGUGGUUAAUAAAUACUACUUGGGGUCCUUCCCAAACAUCAUCUAUUAAAUUUGUGCUUCAAGUGUCUGUUUUAACAGCACUACUAUGUCAA